AUGCGUCCCGAGGUCGAGCAAGAGCUUUCCCACACCCUGCUCAUCGAGCUACUUGCAUACCAAUUCGCUUCGCCCGUCAGGUGGAUUGAGACGCAAGAUGUCGUUCUCGGCGAGAAGACGACCGAGCGCAUCGUCGAAAUUGGCCCCGCAGACACACUUGGGGUAAUGGCCAAGCGGACAAUUGCUUCCAAAUACGAGGCACACGAUGCCGCCCGCUCAGUCCAGCGCCAGAUUCUGUGCUACAACAAGGACGCAAAAGACAUCUACUACGACGUCGACCCGGUCGAGGAGGAGCCAGAAGCUCCCGCAGCUGGCAGUGCGAGUGCACCGGCUGCUUCGUCCGCUGCACCAGCUGCCUCUGCACCAGCCAUGGCGAUUCCACCCCCCGCCAACGCCGGCCCAGCAGCAUCAGUGCCCGAUGCGCCUGUCACAGCCACCGACAUUCUGCGGACAUUGGUGGCCCAGAAGCUCAAGAAGCCGCUCAUGGAGAUUCCGCUGAGCAAAGCCAUCAAGGACCUCGUCGGAGGCAAAUCCACCCUCCAAAACGAGAUCCUCGGUGAUCUGGGCAAGGAAUUCGGCUCGACACCCGAGAAGCCCGAAGACACGCCCCUCGACGAGCUCGGAGCUUCGAUGCAAGACACAUUCAAUGGCCAGCUAGGAAAGCAGUCCUCGUCCCUCAUUGCCCGCAUGGUGUCCUCGAAGAUGCCUGGUGGCUUCAACAUCACCGCGGUGCGCAAGCACCUCGAGACCAGAUGGGGUCUGGCUCAAGGACGCCAAGACGGCGUCCUGCUUCUCGCCCUCACCAACGAGCCCGCAGCACGUCUUGCCUCCGAGGCGGACGGCAAGGCCUUCUUGGACGAGCAGGCGAACAAGUACGCAGCGGCCGCUGGCAUCAAUCUAUCUGCCCCCGUUGCCGGCGGUGAUGGCGGUGCUGCAGGCGGCGGCAUGAUGAUGGACCCAGCUGCCAUUGACGCACUCACCAAGGACCAGCGAGCGCUCUUCAAGCAGCAGCUCGAGCUCUUUGCGAGAUAUCUCAAAAUCGAUCUUCGUUCGGGUGACAAGUCCUUCGUCGACUCGCAAAAGACACAAGCGGCUCUACAGGCUCAACUCGACCUCUGGCUGACGGAGCACGGCGAGUUCUACGCGGCUGGCAUUGAGCCUCAAUUCACACCUCUCAAAGCUCGUGUCUACGACUCGUCGUGGAACUGGGCUCGUCAGGACGCGCUGACCAUGUACUACGACAUCAUUUUCGGAAAGCUCAAGGCCGUCGAUCGCGAGAUUGUCAGCCGAUGCAUUGCCAUUAUGAAUCGAUCCAAUCCUCUCCUGCUCGACUUCAUGCAGUACCACAUGGAUCACUGCCCGACGGAGCGCGGUGAAACCUAUGAGCUGGCCAAGGAGCUUGGUCAACAGCUCAUUGACAACUGCAGAGACGUCCUGAAUGAGGCCCCAGUCUACAAGGACGUCGCCAUCCCAACGGCGCCCCACCUCGAGAUUGAUAGCAAGGGCAACAUGAACUACAAAGAGGGUCCUCGCCCGAGUGUCCGGAAGCUGGAGCAUUACGUACGGGAAAUGGCGGAAGGCGGAAAGCUGUCAGAAUAUGGCAACCGAACCAAGGUUCAGAACGACCUGCAGCGUAUUUACAAGCUCAUCAAGCAACAACAUAAGCUCUCGAACUCGUCCCAGCUCCAGAUCAAGAGCUUGUAUAGCAAUGUCAUUCGUUCCUUGUCCAUGAACGAGAGCCAGAUUAUGCCCAGCGAGAAUGGCAAGGCUGGCCAUGGCAAGCGGGGCCGGGGCGGCCGUGUUGCUUCCAUUAAGCAAGGCAAAGUCGAAACCAUUCCUUUCCUUCAUCUCAAGCGAAAGGAUGACCACGGUUGGGAGUACAGCAAAAAGCUGACCGGCGUUUACCUCGACUGUCUUGAAAAUGCUGCCAAAUCAGGUGUCACGUUUCAGGGAAAGCAUGCGCUCAUGACGGGCGCUGGCGCCGGCUCCAUCGGUGCGCAGGUCCUCCAGGGCCUGAUUAGCGGUGGCGCCAAGGUAGUCGUCACCACUUCACGAUUCUCUCGUCAGGUGACCGAGUACUACCAGUCCAUGUACGCUCAAUAUGGUGCUCGUGGCUCUCAGCUCAUUGUCGUGCCCUUUAAUCAGGGCAGCAAUCAGGAUGUAGAGGCUCUCGUUGAUUACGUCUAUGACGAUAAGAAGGGCCUCGGAUGGGAUCUGGAUCUCAUUGUUCCUUUUGCUGCCAUUCCCGAGAAUGGUCGUGAGAUUGACAGCAUCGACUCCAAAUCCGAGCUUGCCCACCGCAUCAUGCUUACCAACCUUCUUCGCAUGCUUGGUGCUAUCAAGAGGCAGAAGCAGGCUCACGGUUUCGAGACACGUCCGGCUCAAGUCAUCCUGCCAUUGUCUCCCAAUCACGGUGCCUUUGGCAACGACGGUCUGUACUCGGAGUCGAAAAUCUCUCUUGAGACGCUCUUCUCCAGGUGGCACUCUGAGAGCUGGGGUAACUACCUCACCAUUUGUGGAGCGGUCAUUGGCUGGACCCGUGGUACUGGUCUCAUGGGUGCCAACAACAUCGUCGCGGAGGGGAUUGAGAAGUACGGCGUGCGUACUUUCUCUCAACAGGAAAUGGCUUUCAACUUGCUGGGUCUCAUGGCGCCGGCGAUCGUCAACCUGUGCCAGAUUGAGCCUGUCUGGGCCGAUCUGAAUGGUGGCUUCCAGUACAUUCCCAACCUCAAAGACCUCAUGACCGAUCUUCGCAAGGACCUUACUCAGACAAGCGAUAUCCGCCGAGCCGUGAUCAAGGAGAACGCUAUUGAAAACAAGGUUGUGAACGGUGAAGCGAGCGAGGCUCUUUACAAAAAGGCCAAGAUUGCGCCCCGAGCGAACAUGAAGUUCGACUUCGCGAAGCUUCCCGACUGGGACAGCGAAAUUAAACCACUGAACGAUAAUCUCAAGGGUAUGGUUGACCUUGAGAAGGUUGUCGUCGUUACAGGUUUCGCUGAAGUUGGCCCUUGGGGUAACUCGAGGACCCGCUGGGAAAUGGAGGCCUACGGCGAGUUCUCCAUUGAAGGCUGUGUAGAGAUGGCUUGGAUCAUGGGAUUGAUCAAGAACCACAACGGGCCCCUCAAAGGCAAGUCUUACUCUGGCUGGGUGGAUGCCAAGACCGGAGAACCUGUGGACGAUAAAGAUGUCAAAGCCAAGUACGAGUCCUAUAUCCUUGAGCACACGGGUAUUCGUCUGAUCGAACCUGAAUUGUUCCACGGCUACGACCCCAAGAAGAAGCAGCUCAUGCAAGAGAUCCAGAUUGAGGAGGAUCUCGACCCCUUUGAGGCUUCAAAGGAAGUCGCAGACGAGUUCAAACGCGAGCAUGGGGACAAGGUGGAGAUAUUCGCCAUUGCAGACUCAGCAGAGUAUACAGUCCGCAUGAAGAAGGGCGCUACCCUCCUGAUUCCCAAGGCUCUCCGUUUCGAUCGUCUUGUUGCUGGUCAGAUUCCCACCGGAUGGGACGCCAAGAAGUACGGCAUACCGGACGACAUCAUCUCCCAGGUCGACCCUGUCACCCUCUUUGUGCUUGUAUCCACGGCGGAGUGUCUUUUGUCCAGUGGUAUCACUGAUCCAUACGAGUUUUACCAAUACGUCCACCUGUCGCAGGUCGGUAACUGCAUAGGCUCAGGUAUUGGUGGUACUUCUGCUCUGAGAGGCAUGUACAAGGAUCGAUUCCUUGACAAGCCUGUCCAAAAGGACAUUCUCCAAGAGUCGUUCAUCAACACCAUGAGCGCUUGGGUGAACAUGUUGCUCAUGUCUUCCACCGGUCCCAUCAAGACGCCGGUCGGUGCUUGUGCCACGGCGGUGGAGUCCAUUGACAUCGGCUACGACACAAUCGUUGAGGGCAAGGCGCGAGUGUGCUUCGUCGGUGGCUUCGAUGACUUCCAAGAGGAGGGCUCGUACGAGUUUGCCAACAUGAAGGCAACCAGUAACGCCGAGGAUGAGUUUGCCCACGGUCGCACACCAAAGGAGAUGUCCCGCCCCACGACGACGACGAGGAAUGGCUUCAUGGAGUCGCAGGGUUGCGGUAUGCAAGUCAUCAUGGAUGCCCAACUCGCUUUGGACAUGGGCGUUCCCAUUUACGGCAUCGUUGGUUUCACCGCCACUGCCACCGACAAGAUUGGGCGUUCAGUGCCUGCUCCCGGCAAGGGUGUCCUUUCCACAGCUCGCGAGAACCCAUCCAAGUUUCCGUCACCACUACUCGACAUCAAGUACCGCAGGCGCCAGAUGGAUCUACGACGCAAGCAAAUCAAGCAGUGGCAAGAAUCGGAGUUCUUGUAUCUCCAGGAGGAGGUUGCCGCUAUGAAGGAAACUGCUCUUGAAGGUUUCAACGAGGCCGACUACUUGGAGGAACGAGCAGCCAACAUUGAGCUUGAGGCCAAGCGCCAAGAGAAAGAGGCCUUGAACAGCCUGGGCAACAGCUUUUGGAAAAAAGAUCCACGCAUUGCUCCUUUGCGUGGAGCCCUUGCCACUUGGGGUCUGACUAUCGACGAUCUCGGGGUCGCGUCUUUCCAUGGUACUUCUACCGUCGCCAAUGACAAGAAUGAAUCCGACGUUGUUUGCGAACAGAUGCGUCAUCUCGGUCGAACCAAGGGUAAUGCGCUCCUUGGUAUUCAUCAAAAGUACCUUACUGGUCAUCCCAAGGGUGCCGCCGGAGCCUGGAUGUUCAACGGGUGUCUUCAAGUGCUCAAUACUGGUCUCGUUCCCGGUAACCGCAACGCUGACAACGUUGACAAGAUCAUGGAGAAGUUCGACUACAUUGUCUAUCCUUCGCAGGCCAUUCAAACAGAUGGCAUCAAGGCCUUUUCGGUGACGUCCUUUGGUUUUGGACAGAAGGGUACCCAGGCGAUUGGUAUUCAUCCCAAGUACCUGUACGCCACGCUUGACCAAUCUCAAUUUGCCGCGUACAAGCAGAAGGUGGAAGCUCGCCAGAAGAAGGCUUAUCGCUACUACCACGAUGGCCUCAUCAAUAACACCAUGUUCCGCGCCAAGGACAAGGCACCGUAUGAGGACGACAGGAUGCAGGAGAUAUUCCUCAACCCCAGCGCACGUGUCACGUUGGACAAGAAGACUUCGACUUAUAGCUUCCCGAAAUCGGGGCCAGCACCCAAGAAGGACCAGCAAGCGCGUGAGACGAUGAAGAUGGUCGAGUCCAUUACUCAGUCCACGGCGUCUGCUAAUUCCAAGGUGGGUGUCGACGUGGAGAGUUUGAGUGCGAUCAACAUCGAGAACGAGACAUUUAUCGAGCGCAACUUCACCGAGAGGGAGAUUGCGUACUGCCAAAAGGCAGCCAAUCCUCAGGCAAGCUUCACGGGCAGGUGGUCCGCCAAAGAGGCCGUGUUCAAGUCGCUCGGUGUUCCUGGCCAAGGCGCUGGUGCGGCACUGAAGGAGAUUGAGAUUGUCAACGACGAGGCUGGUGCGCCGACUGUACAGCUUCACGGCCAGGCUCAGGAGGAAGCCAAUCGGGUGGGGGUCAAGAAGAUCAACAUUAGCAUCAGUCACUCUGACGACCAGGCCGUUGCGGUCGCCAUUGCUCAGACAUGA